AUGCUUGACGUCCAAACAGCCGUCAGGGCAAGCUUCGAAAAGGCGCACAGGGCCCCGAUACGGCUCCGAGACCAAGCCCUGAGGGAGGCCAGCUUCCGGGUCCCGCGCGAGAUCGCCAAGCUCAACCCUGAGGCCCAGCAGUUCAGGCUCGAGGAUAUGGGCCCCAUGUACCCCUUGCCAAAGGGUACAGAGGCCGGAAGACGAAUAGAUACCAAAAAGAACGCAUGCGCCUUCCUUUACUUCCCAAACGGUGCAGUCAAGGCGACCGCCGCUUUCGUAGCUAUCAACGCCGAGUUCAAACCUCCCAACGAGAGGUGGCUGGACCCCGCUAUCGCACGCAAGGGCAAGGAGGAGAAUAUCGGCAUUCUGGUGGCUGGUAUGGUUGCUUGGUACAUUCAGUAUGAAAUUUGGUCCGGGUUGAGACCAGAUAUCACCGGCCGCAUCCAGAGUGGCGAGCUGCCGGUCAUCAUCAGCUUCCGACACAUAGCCUGUGGAGCCCUGCACCACAUCGAAUCAGGAGAUUACACCAACCCGGCAUCGGUCGCACUGAUGAUGGACCUUACCAAAAUUGCUGGAUAA